AUGAAUCAUUCUCAGGGAGCUUCAAAGCACACUUGUAGUCUGCUUGUGGUCACUUGUGGGAAAAUUUCUGAAGAUAAACCUAACAAGGACACCCUAGAUGAGAAGCUCAAAUACCCGUUUCCAGAGUUAGUCUCUUCAGGUCGUUUGGAGGUUCAAACUCUGGCCAAGCCAAGCAAAGAGGAGUUCUGUAAAAUGCUUGAAUCAUAUAAGCCAAAUCUUGUAUACUUGCAAGGAGAACAGCUUGAGAAUAAUGAAAUUGGGUCUCCUGUCUGGGAAGAUGUUGAUUUGUCGACUGCCGAAGCUAUAUCUGAGAUCUUUGGUGCCACGUUGCCUACAACUGUUUAUUUGGAGGUUCCAAAUGGUGAAAAUUUGGCAGCGGCACUUCACUCUAAGGGAAUUCCUUAUGUGAUAUAUUGGAAACAUGAAUUUUCUUCUUAUGCUGCUUGCCACUUUCGACAUGCAUUGCUUUCAGUGGUACAGAGUUCAUCAACUCAUACAUGGGAUGCUUUCCAACUUGCAUAUGCUUCCUUUAGGCUUUACUGUGUAGAAAACAGCCAUGCCAGUCCUGCUAACAGACACAAAUCUAGUAGUGCUGAGCUGGGGCCAUGCCUUCUUGGUGAUCGUUUGAAGAUCAACGUUGAUCCCCCUGAGGCAGAUGUGGAGGAAGAUGAAGAAGGUUCCUUGGGUACUCUCCCUGCUAUAAAGAUACAUGAUGAUGAUGUGAUCUUGAGGUUUCUUGUUUGUGGGGAGCCUUCCACAUUGGAUGCAAGUUUAUUGGAACCUUUGGAGGAUGGUCUCAAUGCCCUCUUAAACAUCGAAAUGCGUGGGAGCAAGCUUCAUGGCAAGUUUAGUGCUCCUCCACCGCCUCUUCAGGCCGGGACAUUUUCUCGUGGUGUUGUGACUAUGCGAUGUGAUGUAUCAACGUGUAGUUCUGCGCACAUCUCACUUCUUGUGUCAGGCAGUGCACAAACUUGCUUUGAUGAUCAGCUUUUGGAGAAUCAUAUAAAGAAUGAGGUUAUUGAAGAGAUUCAACUAGUACGUGCACUGCCCAACAAUGAGGGAAACAAAGUACCUCUAUCUGAACCACGGAAGUCUGCUUCGAUUGCAUGUGGGGCUACUGUAUUUGAAGUAUGCAUGAAGGUUCCAGCAUGGGCUUCACAGGUUUUGAGGCAGCUUGCACCUGAUGUUUCCUAUCAUAGUUUAGUUGCACUUGGGAUUGCCAGCAUUCAGGGAUUACCUGUUGCUUCUUUUGAAAAAGAAGAUGCUGAGCGCCUUCUUUUCUUCUGUUCAAGUCUGGGGAAAGAUAAUAAAUCGAAUGACUUCAUUCUCGGCAGCCCUCCUACUUGGUUGAGACCACCUCCUCCUAGUAGGAAGAGAUCUCAACCAUGCCAAGAGACAAGCCGGGGUUCUAAUUACAGCCAGAGGCUUCCAAGUCUAGCUGCUUCUAAAAUAGACGAAGACAACAAAGAAGCUGGAGCCAUGAAUGGGGUUAGCAUGCCUUUACUUCCACCUAGGCAAAGAUUGAAAAUAGCUGCAAUGAGGCCCAUUCCUCAUGUUCGUCGUCCUAAAAUGACACCCUUUUCUGGAAUGUCUGAGUUCGAUGGGCACGAUGGAGGCCAAUUUAAGGCUAAUCUACCUCCUGCUCCCCCCACAAAGCUCAAUAUUGUUGGAUUAACUCCAACAACACAACGAAAAUCGUACUCAAGCUCUUCACAUUCUAAGCAGAUUAUUUCCUUGAAUCCUCUGCCUUUAAAGAAACAUGGUUGCGGAAGAAGCCCAAUACAUUCUUGCUUAGAGGAGGAGUUUUUGAAGGAUGUAAUGCAGUUUCUAAUUCUCCGAGGACAUAGUCGACUCAUUCCUCAAGGUGGACUUGCCGAGUUUCCAGAUGCCAUUCUCAAUGGAAAGCGGCUUGACCUCUACAACUUGUAUAAAGAGGUGGUUACAAGGGGAGGCUUUCAUGUUGGCAACGGCAUCAACUGGAAAGGACAGAUCUUCUCAAAGAUGCGCAAUUACACAAUGACCAAUAGAAUGACUGGUGUUGGAAAUACACUUAAAAGACAUUACGAAACUUACCUCCUAGAAUACGAAUUGGCUCAUGAUGAUGCAGAUGGAGAGUGCUGUUUAUUGUGUCACAGUAGCGCAGCAGGAGAUUGGGUGAACUGUGGAAUAUGUGGUGAGUGGGCCCACUUUGGCUGCGACAGAAGGCAGGGUCUUGGUGCUUUUAAGGAUUAUGCAAAAACAGAUGGACUGGAAUACAUAUGUCCGCAUUGCAGCAUCAGCAAUUUCAAGAAGAAACCACAGAAAAUUGCAAAUGGUUUUUCCCAAGGCUCAACGGUAUCACGGCCACUGAAAAAAGAAAAGGUCUGGUGGUUAAAAGUGAGAAUGAGGAAGAACGGGGUGAAUCGAUGGGAAUGA